AGACGCCGCGACUCGCGAAAUUGCAUAGCCUUAUUCCCUGACUUUAGAGGAUCAGAGCAAAUUUGUUUUUAAAAAAACAUUGCGCCCGUCACACUCCUUGAACUCUUCCUCUUUUGCCCACCGUCCUUCAUUCUGAGUAUCGCGCGUCAAUUUCUCGCCCUACGAUCUUUUUCAUCAUGGAUGUCGUGCUCGAGCUCACCGACACCUUCAUAGCCGACUAUCUCUACGCCUUGGCUCUGCCGGCGAAGUCGAUUCCCUAUGACUUCCUAGACCCUACCACCAACACCACUGUCCAGGACUUCUCAUCAUGGGAAUUCAAGACAGUAAACCCCUAUUUCCACUUCGAACCCACCAAAUAUGCCUACAUGAGCGAAUGGAAUAGGGACAACAUAUAUCGACAAUUCACGACGCUAUUUCUGGUCACCUGGAUCUUCGGUUUCGUCCUAUACUUUCUGUUCGCCACACUUUCAUACCUCUUUGUAUUCGACAAGAAAACGAUGCAGCACCCGAAGUACCUCAAGCACCAGAUGUGGCUCGAGAUCAAGCAGGCGAUGCAGUCGAUGCCUGGCAUGUCUGCCUUGACCGUUCCGUUCUGGCUUAUGGAUGUCCGCGGCUAUACCCGACUUUACAACACUCCUGCUGACGGGCCCGGGAUGUGGUACGAGAUCUUGCAGUACCCCUUUUUCAUCCUAUUUACCGACGCCUGCAUCUACCUGAUCCACCGUGGCCUUCACCAUCCAUUGAUCUACAAGCGCCUUCACAAGCCACACCACAAGUGGAUCAUGCCCACCCCCUAUGCCUCGCACGCCUUCCACCCCGUCGACGGCUGGGCGCAGUCUCUCCCGUACCACAUCUUCCCUCUCCUCUUCCCUCUCAACAAGUUCGCGUCGGUCGGUCUAUUCGUCUUCGUCAACUUCUGGACCAUCAUGAUCCACGACGGCGAAUACGUGGCUAACAGCCCCGUCAUCAACGGCGCCGCCUGCCACACCAUGCACCAUUUGUACUUCAACUACAACUAUGGUCAGUACACCACCUUCUGGGACCGCCUCGGCCAGAGCUACCGCAAGCCCGACGAGGGUCUGUUUCAGAAGGAGCAAAAGAUGAGCGAGGACCAAUGGAAGAAGCAGGUCAAGGAGAUGGAGAAGAUGGUUAAGGAGGUUGAGGGCGAGGACGACCGCACCUACGACCCUGCCGGCGUCAAGAAGAACAACUAAACUUCUCGCAUCGUUGCAUAUUCGACAGCACCCGUUUUCUUCUCUCCUAAGGUCUAUGUAUCCUAGGGUCAGCUGUAGCUCCGUGAGCGUGGCUGACGAAAAGAUGUCUCGUCCUGUGAUGGCAACGGAACGAGGCGUUGGGGUUGAGAUUGGGCGGGCU